AGUAACUUCACAGACAAUAUUUUACAUGUGGCAGAUUAAUCAGAAAGAGAUAGGAUGACAUAUUUGGAACUCUGUACCAGACUAGGGCUGCACAAUUAAUCGAAUUUUAAUCACGAUCACGAUUUUGGCUGCCACGAUUAAAUUAAGAUGAUCGUCGGCGAUUUUAACAUUUAAAAAGCGAGCUCUGUUGCAUGUCAAAUCAAGCACUUUCUCAACCAACCACCAGGGGGCGACCGAUAGGUUUGGGCAUCAUUACGUUGCCUAAACCGCAAACGAGCGAGCCCUGCAGGCAGCAACGCCAUUUUCAAAUGAUUUGUGAGAGAGUGAGGCGCAAUGUCGGGGGCAGGAGACACAAGUGCGCUAGCACCGACUGGAGACGAGGAGCCGCUGGUGCCUCGUGAAGCAGCAAAAUCUACUGUGUGGAGUUUUUUUGGAUUCAGGGCAAGUGAUAUUGACCAAAAGGACGUGAUAUGUAAAGAGUGCCACAGAGUUGUUUCCGCGCCAAAAGGCAACACAACCAAUUUAUUUAACCACUUGAAAACACACCACAAACAAAAAUAUGAUGAAUGCAUGAAGGCCAAAGCUAACGCUGGUCCACCAAAUCCCCGUCAGUGUCCAGCGCCAACCCAGACAACCAUUACAGCAACUCUGCACCGGGCGACACCGUAUCCAUCCACCUCUCAAAGACACGCUGAAAUAACGGAUGCAAUAACGUUUUAUUUGGCCAAAGACAUGUGUCCAAUAAGUACUGUAAGUAACAAAGGCUUCAAAAGCAUGGUCAAAAUACUGGACAAGAAAUACGUGAUCCCCUCGCGCAAUUAUUUCUCCAAAGUGGCAUUGCCUGCACUAUAUGAAAAAUGUCGGGAGGAAAUAGAGAGGGAAAUAACAACAGUCGAGUAUUUCGCAACUACGACUGACCUAUGGUCCAGCAGAACAAUGGAGCCGUACAUGUCCCUGACAAUUCACUAUAUUGAUGAUGAUUUUACAAUGAAGAGUCGGUGCUUGCAGACGUCAUUCUUCCCACAAGAUCACACAGGAGAAGCUAUAGCCCAGGGACUGCGGGAAGCACUGGCCUCUUGGAGCCUGCGAGAGGAGAAACAAGUCUGCAUCACCACAGACAAUGGAUCUAACGUCAUCAAGGCAGCUUCUCUAAAUAAAUGGAUGAGGCUCCAGUGCUUUGGCCAUAGGCUCCAUCUAGCAAUUGAGAAUGCAAUGAAAGAUCCUCGCAUUGACCGUGCAGUAGGGAUCUGCAAAAAACUUGUGAGCAGUUUCUCCUACAGCUGGAGGCGUAAAAAGGAGCUAGCACGGGCUCAGAAGGAGCUGAAGCUUCCAGAACAUGGGCUGAAGACAGAAUGCCCCACAAGGUGGGGGUCAAGACAGGCAAUGAUUGAAAGAGUCCUGGAGCAGCAUAAGGCCAUCUCUCAAGUUUUGUCUUCUGACAGAAAGUCCAGACAUCUCCUCCCAUCAUGGCAGGACACUGAGAUCCUCGAAGCCAUCUACAAAUCCCUCCACCCUUUGACUGAGUUUACUGAUGCACUGUCCAGUGAGAAGUAUGUCAGUGUUUCUUUUGUGAAGCCAGUCCUCCACCUCUUCACUUCCUCCAUCCUCAAAGUGAACGAUGAUGAUCCAGAGCUCACAAACACCAUCAAGACAAAAAUCCUAACUUACCUGGAGGAAAAAUACAAGGAUCCCGAGACACAAGACCUGCUCAACCUGGCUUCUGCUUUGGAUCCCCGUUUCAAGCUGCGAUACACAAGUGAGGACAGGGUUGCACCGAUCCAAGCCAGACUUAUGUCUGAGAUGGCUGCAUCUCUGAGCAUGGAGCAGGGCCCAAGUGAUGGUGGGACUGCAGACAGGGCAGAGGAUGAUGCACCCAGCACAUCCAAGAAGAAGAAGACCUUGGGGAGCUUCUUCAAGAUCACUGAGAGAGCCAGACCAACCCAUCCUCCUCAACAAGCUCUAGCCACUGAGCUUCAGUCGUACCUGCAGUGUGCUGACCUGGACAGUGAGGAGAACCCACUGGACUGGUGGAGGGAACAUCAGCGAGUGUACCCACGGCUGUCAAAGCUGGCCAAAAAAUAUUUGGGUAUACCCGCAACAAGUGCCCCUUCUGAGAGGGUUUUCAGCACCGGGGGGAACAUCGUGACUUGCCUUCGGUCUUCGUUAAAGCCUGAGAGUGUUGACAGGCUGGUGUUCCUGGCUAAAAAUCUGUAGGCCUGCUGUAUGGUAGUAGGUUCCAUUUGUGCCUUUCCUGCAACUGUUCGCAACUGUCUGUUUACAAACUGUUUGUUUGCACUUUAUAAUUGCAUUUUGCAAUAGAAUAUUGCUUUCCUUUUGUUUCAAUUUGAAGAGUUGUUUGUUUGAAUAAGAAAGUGCAAUAAAAAGGUAUGUUUUACCUAACAUAAUGAAUAAUCGUGAUUAAUAAUCGUGAUUACAAUAUUUAUAAAAAUAAUCGUGAUUAGCAUUUUGGCCAUAAUCGUGCAGCCCUAUACCAGACUGAUGUUUUUGCUUAGUGAAGCGUUAAAGCAGCAAAUUAGCUUACAGCAAACUCUGGAAGCUGUGCAGUGUCAUAUAAACAACAAGAUAUGACGAAAAUGAACUGUACUCACUCAUCAUAGAAGUAAUAAUGUCAUUUAAGGAAUAUGUUUGUUUUUUGUUGCUUUUUUGCAAUUUGACUUGGACUGAUUUUAUUGACAGUUGUGUCAGUAAUUGUUUUCCAUGUUAACAGAUGCAUCCUCAGGAAGAUUAAAAGCCCAGGCAAAAACAAACUGGUUCAGUAAUGGUGAGUGAUUUUUGAAACUACCCCAAAGGGUGAGAGUGAACUGUCAGUAUAUCCUUGUGGUAAAUGCAUCUAACCUACACAUGUAUUAUCAUUAAGGUGUGAACACAGUUAAACUAAGGUGCAGAUAUCUAACAUCAAUCAUAGUUCGUUCUUACACUGUACAGUCACAUUUGGCCAUAAGCUUAUAAUAAUUACGCUGAGAAAAGACAUUGUUGCUGUUUUGUCAGUAUUUAGUAAGAGCCUGUCCCACAGCUAGCUAACAGUUAGCUUACCUGUCCAAUGUCACCAUUACAAUUGUUUGCAAGUAAAUUGUUUUCACGAGAUU